CGUUUAGUGUGAAUUACUGGUUUCAGUUUGUUGGUCAGCAUUUCACUGUAACCUUUACUGGUAACUGUAGACCCCUUUUCCAGGUAAUGUUUCAGGAUAGGCCCUUCUGCACCCACUAAAAACAGGUAGCAGCACUUUUUCUGCAGAAGGUCAAGUCUUGAAUUUCUUUUUCGCCCUCGAUCCACUCAUUAACAUUUCUAUGUGGUAGAGCCCUGUUCUCGAAUUGUACUGUAGCCUGCGAUGAAUUUCAAGCCAGAGAAAUUGGAGUACUGGUCUCUGUUUUUCCCUUAAUGCAGACCGCCAGCGAAGUGGCCAACAUAAAGGAAGCUUUAGCGAAAGUGCGGAUAAUUUUUGACUUCUCCUCGUAUAUAUAUAUGUAGUGGAUCCAGUAGGCAUGAAGUGGAUUCGAUUCAUCAUAGCGAAAUUUAAAUUAACACUUCAACAGAAAUUUUCUCACAGUAAAACAAUAGUUUUUCUGUGAUAGCAGUUUUACAUUUGCCAGAUUGCCUUAACUAGGCUGAAAUAAAAUCUUCACCACUUGAUCUUUCUAACCUCUUCUAUUUCACCAAAAGCUAGAAUUAAGAUAACAAGUACCAUCAACUAAAUCCAUUGUUCUCAAAAUAUGUUUAUCCUUCUGGAUAGUUAUAAAAGCAAGAACCCCAAGCAAAAAUCAGUUAAUCACUUGGUGACAACUGAGUUAGCUCGUGACAACUCAAUCAGUUAGUUAAUGAAUGACAAACUCGAGUCAGAGACAGCUACCAUCAUUUAGGAAAAUCAUGAUCCAAAGCAAGGCAGCUACUAAAGACAAUGGUCAAAUGGAGAAAUGAAAUUUAUUGUCAGCAGCUACGAGACCCAACUUCCCACACUCUCUCACUUUCACUAACUCAUUUUGUCUUCUUUGCACAAUACCAUAUCUACUACAAAACAAACACACAGGCCGAAAUUUACUUUUUUACUUCACACGCCCGAGGAUUUUAUCACCUGCCUGUCAAGACAAGGUAUAUUCGAUGUAACGAUUGUUAUUUAUAUAUGGAAUUUAAAAAAAGUGUCUUGUAUCACAAUGAAUGAAACUAAAAUAGGCAAAGAACCAUCUUCGCAUGAUAUCAGCAAUUUCAAUUUUGUUAUUGAUCAUGUCAUCAAUCACAAAGUGAAACAAAAUGACAAGUUUAUUCCACUGGGUGGAAUACCUCAACUUACUAGACCACAGGAAGAAAUUAUGAUUAGCCGUAUGUUUGAAAGUUGUAUUUUCAAAUCAGGCAUAAGCUGUGUUUUAGGUUUUGCACUUGGUGGUGCUUUUGGUCUAUUUACUGCUGGUAUUGACCCAAUGUCAACUAUGAGCACAGAAACUCCAACUACUAAAUUGGUACUAAAAGAAAUGAAGGCACGCACACUUUCAUAUGGAAAAAACUUUGCAUUGGUGGGUGCUAUGUUUGCAGGUACUGAAUGCACUUUAGAAACAAUCAGAGGCAAAACAGAAUUACUAAAUGGUACAUUAUCUGGUGGUAUUGUUGGGGGUGUACUAGGACUUCGUGCUGGUCUGAAAGCUGGAGUAUUUGGUGCACUUGGUUUUGCUGCAUUUUCUACAGCCAUUGAUUAUUACUUACGUCACUAAAUCUUGCCAAAGCAAAGCUUCUAUUGUUGUUGGUUUGUUUUUGACACUUCUACCCACUCCAUACUUUGAGAGUCCACCCUGACACCUCAUCACCACUAUCUUUCUCUCUCUCUUUCCUGCUCCACCCAUGUCACUCCAACUCUCUCUUCUAUAAUAUGAGUAGUCAAAUAGCUCCCCUAUAGGAAGAAAUAUGCUCUGUGAUGGCCCCUUCUCAUACAUUAACCACUCAUCUCCUAGCAUAAAACCACUUCCCUCUCUACUAUAGCCCCACUCCGCCAAAGGGAAACUUAGUCUUGCAAGUUGCUUGGUGACAUAACUAGUGUUGGCAUUCAAUAUAUGCUGCAAAGUGGUUGGAAGGGUAUCUGGCUGUAAAAACCAUACCAAAGCAGACAUUGGAGUUUGAUGUAAUCUCAGAACCAUUUGAUCUUGUCAAUCCAUCCAACCCAUGCAAGCAUGGAACAUGGACAUUAAAUGAUGAUGGUGAUGAUGAGGAGGAGAAGGAUGACUUUAUCUUUGAAUUAGUCAAUCAAACAUUAAAAAAGUCAUUCAAACAUUAUAAAUAUUUACCUUUCUUGUAAACGUAUUUCAGAUUGUGUGUGGAAAGAUGCUCAGAUAUAAAACCCUACUACUAUUGUAUAUACACUUCUUAAACCAUGUACAUUUUAUUGGUACCAAAUGUGCCAAAGAAAAUUCACAUAAGGAAAAAAAUAAACACUAAAAUACUGAUGGUAGGUCUUCAGUUUAUUUAAUUUGUUGUUUAUGAAAUUCAUAUUAAAUUUAUCAUAAAGUU